AGUGUAUUCUGGGUAUUGAGUCGUGAUAAAUGGUGUAGUAGUGGGUGGACAAAUCUGCCCCCUCAAGAACAGUGUAGAAAAAUGACCAUAGUAGAUUUUCUUGUGUUAUUUCAUCUGGAAAACGUUUAACGUUCGGGCAAGAUUUAUGACUCUACAAGCUGGUCAACAACGAAGAAAAGGAAAACGCAUCUCAACGUUCUUCGGCUUUUGGACAACGUUGACCAGUUUAGCUUCACGUACAGGAAAUAACAAGUGGGGGUGGAUGUUGGCGUUCUCUGGGCCUCGCCGUAGUUGUUGAUAUUUUAACUGGAUAGCUACAUCCUCUACCUAUGUCUACUUACACAUGGUUCUGUCUGAAAAUGACAUACAGAAUUAAAGCUAAUCAAAAAAGACUGCUUGAUGGAAUAGAAAAGGACAUCGGACGGCGUAACGACGUUGGACACUCGGAAGAGUAACUAGUUAGAUUGCAGCUGGUAUCAAUAUUGUUGUUGGUGAACUGUACUACAGCUAGCUAGCCAGCCAAUUGAGGAAGUGAUAUUUUUCCGUCGUUAACAAACCAGUGUUAACUCUCAAUUGAAGAGAGGGGAAAACAGAACAACAAGCCAAUGUUAACAAAUACGUUUCUCAGUAGCUAGCUGGUUGAUUUCUGCCUUCCAUUUCGCUAGCUAAUUUAGCUAGCAAGCUCAACAUAUUCCAGGCUAGCUAGCGCCACAAACAAAGGCUUCUGCUCAACACCUGCCACGGACUAUUAUCUAGUCGACGCUCCUGUCUUUUUAAUCAACGGUGUAUCCCGUGAAGGAAGCUGAACCAAUGGAUUUACAAACGGCCGUUUUCAAUGCAGCCAGAGAUGGCAAGCUACGGUUGCUUCAGAAACUUUUGGAGAACAAAAUUGGCCACGAGGUUACCAAAUUAAUGGCAGAGAAAACAAACGGGGCGACCCCUUUGCUUAUGGCUGCCAGAUACGGACACCUGGAUUUAGUGGAGUAUCUAAUGGAGUGUUGCUGCGCACCCGUUGAGAUUGGGGGGUCAGUGAAUUUUGAUGGUGAGACUAUUGAGGGUGCCCCCCCUUUAUGGGCUGCCUCAGCAGCAGGACACCUGAAAGUCGUGCAGUCUUUACUUGGCCACGGUGCUUCUGUGAAUAAUACAACACUCACCAAUUCCACCCCCCUGAGAGCAGCCUGCUUCGAUGGACAUCUGGACAUUGUGAAAUACCUGGUGGAGCACAAGGCAGACCUGGAGGUGGCAAACAGACACGGUCACACAUGCCUCAUGAUUUCGUGUUACAAAGGACACAAGGACAUUGCCCAGUAUCUCUUGGAGAAAGGCGCCGACGUUAACAGGAAAAGUGUUAAAGGUAACACAGCAUUACAUGACUGUGCUGAAUCCGGCAGCUUGGAGAUAAUGACGAUGCUGCUAAAAUAUGGUGCCGCCAUGGAGAGGGAUGGUUAUGGAAUGACCCCACUGCUGUCUGCGAGUGUGACAGGCCACACUAACAUUGUUGACUAUCUGACUCAACACCAGCAAACACACCAAUUGGAGAGAAUAAACGCCCUGGAACUGCUUGGUGCCACUUUUGUGGACAAAAAGAGGGAUCUUCUUGGGGCGUUAAAGUACUGGAAGAGGGCCAUGGACCUGAGAUACAGGGACGGCAACAAUAUUCUCUACAAAGCAGACCCAAAGCAGUUGAUCAUGGCCUAUGACCAUGCCAGGGAGGUAAGUAAUGGGGAGGAACUAGACAGCCUGAUCUCAGAACCAGAUGAGAUGAGGAUGCAGGCCCUGCUCAUUAGAGAGCGCAUCCUGGGCCCCUCCCACCCCGACACCUCUUACUAUAUCCGCUACCGGGGCGCUGUAUACGCCGACUCAGGGAACUUUGAGCGCUGUAUCAACCUGUGGAAGUACGCCCUGGACAUGCAGCAGAGCAACCUGGACCCCCUCAGCCCCAUGACAGCCAGCAGCCUGCUGUCCUUCGCUGAGCUCUUCUCCUUCAUGCUCCAGGACCGCGCCAAAGGCCUGCUGGGCACCUCGGUCUCCUUCGAUGACCUCAUGGGCAUCCUCAGUAAGAGUGUGCUGGAGAUUGAGCGGGCGGUGAAACAGACCCAGCCUGACCCGGCUCAGCUCAGCAAGGCCCUCUCCAUCAUCCUGCAUCUCAUCUGCCUGCUGGAAAAGGUCCCCUGCACCGUGGAGCAGGACCACUUUAAGAAGGAGACCAUCUACAGGUUCCUCAAGCUGCAGCCCUGUGGUAAGAAUGGCUACAGCCCGCUCCACCUGGCCGUGGACAGGAACACCACCUGCGUGGGCCGCUACCCUGUCUGUAAGUUCCCCUCUUUAUACGUCACCUCUAUCCUACUGGAGUGUGGGGCGGACGUCAACUUCCGCGACGAGGACAACAACAGCCCCCUGCAUGUGGCUGCCUCCAACAACCACCCGGACAUCAUGAACCUGCUGAUCGCCUGCGGCACGCACUUUGACAGCACCAACUCCCUGAAGCAGAUGGCCUGUGAUCUGCUAGAUGAGAAGGAGAUGGCCAAGAACCUGAUCCAGCCCAUCAACCACACCACCCUGCAGUGUCUGGCUGCGCGGGCUAUCAUCAAGCACAGCCUCUCCUACAGAGGCAACAUCCCAGAGAAGCUGGAGGCUUUUGUGCUUCUCCACAGAUAAUGACUAUUAAAGACGUGUGAGUGCAGUGCGAUCCUACUCUCCCCAUGUGCACUCUUUGGAUUGUAUUGAAGUCGAUGAUUAACAUUGUGUGAAGAACUUCGCUUUUUUCCCCCUACAACGCCAGAGUUAAAGCUCUGUGGGGAUUUUUGUAAUAUGGGCAUGCACAAUAUUUUGAACCGAGCUAGUUUUUUGCUUACUAAUAAUUUCCACAAUUCCAUGCUAUUUAUUAAGAUAUCAUUGAGAGAUUUUUUCUGUGCCCCUCCAAUUUGUGUGUUUCUCUCUCUGCAAAGAUGGAGGAAUAUGUUGGGAGUCAUUUUUACAUCACCAUGGUUCCAAUUCUGACCUCUUUAAUUAAUUGGUCUUUUGAUCAAUCAGAUCAGCUCUGAAAAAGAUCUGAUGGGAUUGAUCAAAAGACCAAAUAGUGGAAAAAAUGUCAGAAUUGGUCUGCCUGUGCAAACGCAGCCAAUGUUGCCAAUAUAUGGACCCUCUACGUUUCAUUGUGCAUUCUUUAUGCUCUCAUUCAAUGGUAAUGUUUUCACGGUUUUGGAUCUGCAGAGUUGAGUAAUGGAAUGGACUCAUUUCUCUGUCAAAACCAUAAAGACGCUUCAUGAAGUGGUAAUGUUUGCAAAUACCAUAAGUGCUUUAUUCCUCCUAUGCACAGGCUAUGAUAUGCGACUGUUCUGUGCAAUAUCUUGCAUUUUUUGUGGUAACUGCCUGUUCCUUCAUCUUUCCCUAAUUUGUUACACUAAGCAGAGGGAUGUGAUGUGACAAUUGCUGAAUGCUGUUAGUGGUGGGGUUGGGUGAUUUUCAUGUAUUAACUGGUGAAGUAAUUGAGUGCAGAAGUUGAGUAGGAAUGUAUGCAACCUUCAUAUCAUUGACGUUUGAACCUGAUUCUUCUAUGGUGAUUCGAGCACUAAAGCAAGAUGGUUAGUUGGAUACUAAUAUGACCCUGCAUGUAGUCAGAAUUCACAGGAAACCCCUCGACAUCUGGGGUUUGAAUGGCAUGUCAUUCAAUUAUUGCAUAAACUCUGUAGAACAUUGACGAACCCAAACGUGUAACUUUUAUAUUUGUCCAAUUGUAUUAUAAUUGGAAAGAGGGAAGGCCUUGUACAGUGUCUCUGAGCUUUGUGAAAACCUUGCACAUUAGCUUUAUUCGUGUGGUUAAAAAAAAAGGGCUUAAUUUAAUAUUUUUAGGAAUAGAUUUGGCUAAGUACAGAACCAUACAAAGAAACCAUACCAGGGAACUUGCUUUAAUUCUGCACUUUAUUACAGACUAAGAUUUCCAAUGACAAAAUUACAAUAAUCAAUUUCAUGUCUUAAGAACCAAUUUGACAAUAAACCCAUGUUGCACUUGU